AAUGACAAGGUUUUGUUAGCGAGUUGGCAAUAUCUCUACGAGCUAUUUAUUGAUCAUAUAAACUCGAUAGAAUAUAAUAAUGACAUCAAAUACUUUGAUCCUAUUAAAAGUAGCGUAAUAUGCGUAGAUAUUCUGGACCCUCAAUUAAAGAAAAAAUUGUCAAAAAAUGACUUGGAUGAUUUAUCAAAAAAAUUAUCCAUUUCAAUCAAUGAUUCUAAUGCUUUACAUGUAAAGAGCUAUGUAGAUGAUAUUCUAAAUUGGUAUACUGGUUUAAAUACUGCACCGUUAUGCAAUAAUUCAAAAAAGCCAGAAAUUUCUUCAAGUUGUAGUCAUGAAGAAAAAAUACAAUACAAGAUUAGUAAACAACAAUACACAUCUGAUACAAUUUAUAGUUUUAUAUUCAGAUCAAUAAGGCAUAUUAAUGAUAACCUUUAUACAUUAUUCAGUGAGAUAACAUCUACUGGAUUCACUCAAAGAAAAUGCCUUUAUAAAUUACUUGGAUUAAAUAAGAAGAAAAGUGCAAUAGGUCGCCGUUGUGAUUUAAUUUUAUGUGAUCAAUAUGAUUAUGUACAUUUGGUUGGUGAAAAGACAAUGGAAACAUCUGUUCUUGAUCAUAUGAUGCAACAAAUUUAUCGUUCAAGACUUCUAAACCGGGCUGAGAUCCCUUUGAACAAAAAGAUUACGGAUAAAAUUGCUAUUGCUGAAAAUGCAAAUAAAAUGGACAAGUUGAUAAACAAGCUUUCAAAAAAGAAGCAAGAAUGGAAGGCCAAUAAUAUUAAUACUGACUUUGACUCUUUGACAAUAACAAUUACUUUAUCAACUCUAUUAUCUUCACCAUCAAGUGAUGACACACCCGAUUCUACAAAAGCAUCAAUACAUGUUUUUGCUACCAACACCAUUCUUCAUAUACCAGAACGUUUGCCAAUAAGUGCUGAUGAUGAUGAUUCAAUCCCUGAUAUUAAAAUUUGA